UUUAAACCCCCAUACAUUUCAUCUUCAUAACUCAAUCCAAACAUCUUUCUCCCUCUAUUCUCACAAUGUCUAUUCAUCUCGAUUUCGAACUGAUCUCAAAAUGCAGUACGAAAUCGAGAUCAAAUCAGACUGUGGCAUCCGCUCUCAACGGUACCCUCCUUGUGUCCCGUAACCCUUUCCCGUACUUCUUCCUUAUCUCCCUCGAAGCUGGAAACAUCUUCAGAGCUAUAAUCCUAUUACUCUCCUUCCCAUUUAUCUACACCAUUUCCAUCUUCUCCAAAUCUGCAUCUGAUCAAAUCUUUAUCUUCAUCACAUUUGUUGGGUUAAGAAUCCGAGAUGUUGAGCUUGUAUGCAGCUCAGUUUUACCCCGGUUUUACGUGGGUGAUGUUCGACCUGAAACAUGGAAGGUGUUUAACUCGUUUGGGAAGAGGUACGUGGUUACAUCGAGCCCGAGAGUGAUGGUGGAGCAUUUUGUGAAGAAUUUUUUAGGGGCUGAUGAGGUGUUGGGGACUGAACUUGAGGUCUCGAAAACUGGUCGAGCCACUGGGUUUGUUAAAGAACCAGGAGUUGUUAUUGGUGGAUUUAAAAAAGCUGCCAUUUUACAAGAAUUUGAAGGUUCGAAUUUGCCUGAUUUGGGUCUUGGAGGUGGUGAAACUGACAAAGAUUUCAUGUCCAUUUGCAAGGAAGGAUACAUGGUACAACAAACAAGAUGUGAACCCUUACCAAGGGACAAACUUCUAAGUCCGAUCAUCUUUCAUGAAGGACGUCUAGUUCAAAGGCCAACACCACUUGUAGCUCUACUUACCUUCUUAUGGAUGCCAAUAGGCAUUUUCCUUUCAAUCCUUAGGGUUUAUCUCAAUAUCCCAUUGCCCGAAAAGAUCGUGUAUUACAACUACAAGAUCCUUGGCAUCAAACUAAUCGUUAAGGGAACCCCUCCACCCCCUCCAAAACAAGGACAAAGUGGGGUGCUCUUUGUAUGCAACCAUCGUGCUGUUAUAGACCCUGUGGUCACUGCAGUCGCCUUAGGUAGAAAGAUUAGUUGUGUGACUUAUAGUAUUAGUAAAUUCUCUGAGUUAAUAUCACCGAUUAAGGCAGUAGCAUUAGCAAGAGAAAGAGAUAAAGAUGCUGCACAUAUCAAACAAUUAUUGGAAGAAGGUGAUUUGGUCAUCUGUCCUGAGGGAACAACAGGUAGAGAGCCAUUCUUGCUUAGAUUUAGUGCGCUUUUUGCAGAGCUCACGGAUAGGAUUGUCCCAGUUGCCAUUAAUACAAAACAAAGUGUGUUUUAUGGGACGACAGCUCGUGGGUAUAAGUUCUUGGAUCCAUAUUUUGUGUUCAUGAACCCUAGGCCUACGUAUGAGAUAACUUUCUUGAACCAACUACCACUCGAGCUAACAUGCAAAGGUGGGAAGUCUGCAUUUGAGGUGGCGAAUUAUAUUCAAAGGGUGAUAGGCGAUACACUUGGGUUCGAAUGCACGAAUUUGACUAGGAAGGAUAAGUAUGCGAUGAUGGCUGGAACAGAUGGUCGUGUGGAGAGUAAGAAUGAGAAAUCAAAAUAGAGAAAGAUGUGAUUCAGUUAAGAAGAUAAUUUGUUGUCAUUAUUAUUUUUUCCAAAUAAACUUUCAACAAUCUAUCAAAACAAUAAUGUUUGUUUAUAUUCGUGAUGAAAUUGUUAUUUGUAUAUUAAUUACUAUGUGAUUUAUUUA